CAACCCUACUUAGCCAGUCUGACAGAGUGACUAAGAGAGUAUGUGUGUCUGAGUUUAUAUGUGUGUGUGUCAGAAAAGAGUCGGCAAAGCAGCCUAGAUUAGAGUGAGAGUCAGUGAGAGGGAAAACCUGGGGUAAAAAAACAACUUAUUGGACAGAGGGGAAGGGAGGGAGUCAGCGAACACAGCAAAAAGGCAGAGCAGGGUAAAAAAAAAAAAGAUAAAGGGAAUUUGAGCUUACAAUCGUGACAGUUAAGGGUACCAAAGUCAGGAGAAAUGCUUUGACUAAAUGACCAUCCACUACACUCACAUCAGCAUCUUUUCCUGGAACCUUGACAGGAGAAAAAAUACACUCUCAGUCAAAGGUAAACAGUCUUCAGCCAGACUUAUAUCGCUGGAUCAUGUCAUCUACUGGCUCGACAAACCACAACAAGCAUUUGGCAUCUGAAAAGAACCACUCGCAGAGUUUUCUCAACAAUGAUUCGGCUCAGCACUUGAAGCUAAAAGACAGACAACGGUUCUUUGAAGAGGUCUACCAGCAUGACAUGGACAACUACCUGCCCUCUACUCACCUACAAGUUGACUGCCGGAAACCCCCCAUGGGCAGUAUUUCAUCCAUGGAGGUGAAUGUGGACACUCUGGAACAGAUGGAUCUGAUGGACAUAUCGGACCAAGAAGCCCUUGAUGUUUUUCUCAACUCGGGCUCAGUUGGUGAUGAAGGAGCCCUGGCCUCUCCACUUCCAGUUAUAGAUUGUGAGAACGAUGAAGACGAAGAGGACGAAGAAGCUGAGGUUGUCUACAAGGAACGCGCACCUCUCCAACGACAAAAUGAAGUCUACCGGGGCUCACAGUCCCGAUUCGCUUCAACAUCAUCCGGUUCCAGCGUGACUAGUGCAGGCGGCGCUGAAACGCCAGUGAUUCAGUCUGAUGAUGAGGAGGUGCAUGCAGACACGGUGUUGUUAACCUCCGUUCCCUGUUCAAGAGAUGAAGAAACAGAGGAAGAAGAUGAAGAAGAAAAGUGUGUCUCAAAAACUCAUCAAAACAACUGACCCGUAUUCUUCCCCCUCUGCUUUUGGAUUCUUUUCUUAUGAGCUGAAACGCCCAGCAUGGUUGGGUCAAAUGUGAUUAGUUUUGUCUUUUGAAAUGUGCAUUUUUCUUUGAAAAGUACUGAAUGACCCCCCUUUUGUUUUUACAAGUGCUGUGUCACAUCAAUGGAUAGCCUCUGGACAGUUUGUUUUUAAUAUAUAAAUCAUUAUUUUCUUCUGCACAAACAUGUGCUGGUUGACGAAAAAACCUAAUUUAGCUUCACUCUUCAAACUGCCAGAAGGGAAACCGUAGGUCUCUUAUAGUUCAGUUUCUCAACAGGUCUGUGAAGAACUACAAAAGCAUAGCAGUGCAAAUUACACGCAUGACCUUGUUUAAGCAAGCAUCGCACAUGGAGACAGCACUUAAGGAUUAGGUAACCUCCCAGGAAAGCUUACACAAGACCUAUACUGCAGCCCAUUCAUUUGUUGUAUAUUCAAAUGCAGUCCAUAUUUUUUUGCAGAGUUGUGGGUCAUACCUGUGUAUGAAGUUUUAUAUAAUUUUUUUGGUGUUUUUGCGGUCCUCUCCACAAAAGAGUUGUACAAGAUCCACGUGUACACGCAGUUAUCAGCAUAACUUGCCUAACACCUUUGAGAACUUUUGUCCAUUUUUCUAGGACUUCUCUUGUAUUUAUUUAAGGAUUUGCAGUUUAGCAAACAGUAUAAAACAGGCAGCCCUUUGUUUAAAGAGCUCAAAGACUUAAGCCAGAAAAUAUGCAGUUAAUUGGGGCGGUCUGCACAUAUUUCGAAAACUGGAUUUUUCACCUGGACUUGAAAACACUAGAAGUUAUUGGAUAUUUGUUGAAAUGAACAAAAUGUUAUGCUUAAAUACUGUUUGUCUGUUUUGUGGUCUAAAAUAAAUGA